UCUAGGUGUUUGGAGUCCAGGCUGGUUUGACCUGUCCUCUCUCUCCCUCCUCUAGGUGUUUGGAGUCCAGGCUGGUUUGACCUGUCUGGACAGUACAGGCGGUUUCCUCCCUCUGUCCCCUCUCAUCCCUUCCUUCAGUACAGCCCUCUACGGCAAGCUGCUCCAGAUGCCUCAGUACUGGACAAAGCGCUCGUCAGUCCUGAUGACAGAGUGUAUUUUUGAGCUGCCCAACUUCACGGUGCAGGCCACGCGUCCCCAGAUCCUGCUCCUUCAGGCCAUGCUGCAGAGCUGGACACACAGCCUGGGAGACGGCUCCUUCCCUGGGGUCAACGAGGCCCUGCUCAGCCAUGUCUACACAACACCAGGUGUGAAGUCUCCGUCUCCUCCUCCUCCUCCUCCUCCGACCCUGGAGGCCUCGGUCCAGAACGUGGAGCUGAAGUUCUGCAGCAGAGCCACGGGAACCUGCGUCGGAGGGACCGUGGGGAGCUGUUAAAGUGUGUGCCAGGACCCCAGGUUCACCAGAGGGUGUGAAGGAGAAGCUGGUUCCUCUGCUCCAGGGUCCAUCUGACACUAAAGAGCUUCACCAGAGUCGCUGGCUCAAUGAGAUCCGUAAACCUGAGUCCCUGCUGGCCCCUGACCUCCUGACCUUCUCAGUACAGAUACCUCAGCACGGGGUCGACGGCCGUAACUCCU